AUGCCAGACGGGAGCAGUAAUGAGCCAGAUGUCUUGAACCAGUCUCAGAGCCAGGACACUGUCACAGAGCAUAACAACUCUGCUACGCCUACCAUACGUCCCUCCUCCAACACAUCCACUCGCUCUCAGCGCCGCUCACCCAGUCCGUCGAGAGGCUCGAAAACGCCAUUGACGCCUGAGGAGAGUCCACCUUUCAAGUCAACAAGGAAACGCACCGCUGGCAUUGUGGAGAUCGAAGACAAAGAGCUGGACAGUUCCACGACCACGCCGCUACAUUCGAGAGGUAGCAGUGGCGACUCCACGGCUCACGUUUGCAUCUGCCAGCCUGACCCCAAGAUCCCCAGACCACGAAACGCACAGGUCGUGUCGCAGAAUCCGGGUCUUGCCAAUCCUGAAAUAUCCAAGAUUAUUGGCGAGCAGUGGCAGAACCAGCCUACGGAUAUCAAGAACAAGUGGAAGGCGCUUGCGGAAGAAGAGAAGUUGCGGCACCAGCAGCAAUAUCCUCAGUAUCGCUAUCAACCGAAGCGUAACGGUCGACGCGGUAGUGUCACGUCUGAGGCUAACGGCGAGAAGCCAAAGUGUCAUAAGUGUGGUGGUCGGAGUCUUGUGGCUCCUUCGUCUGCUCUGUUUCCUGCUUCCAACAGCGCGAGUCCAGCAUCGGUACCGACCACGCCAGGAACAGCUCUCACACCAAUCUCUCGCACUUUGCCACCAGUGUUCCGAGAGCUCAGCAUUCAAUCACCAGCUGGUCGUCGAAUGGCACGUACGAUGCACAGCAGCAGUAACAUGUCGCCGCACUACAACGGCCACAUUGACGAGCGCGAUGAGGUGGGUCCAUUGAGCCCAGACGUCAAGCGUCGCAAGUACAGUGAUCAUCUUGCUUCUGGUGCACGCAACAUGCCACCACGGUACGUUCCUGCUGGAGGUCCACAAGUUGGUCCAGGCACACCAUUCCCAUUUAGCCAGCCGACACCACAACAUCCCUUACCGCCAGCCAUCACUCAAGUCCGUCGUGAGAGUUUGCCCGGCAUCAGAGGUGUCGUCAGCCCACCGGGUCCUAUGCCACCUCCACCCCGACCAGGUAUGGGCUAUCAGCAGCAUCGCAUGUCGCAAGGCCAUGUCGGACCAGAUCGCUCACUCAUACUGCCACCACUACAGAACAACAGUAUAAGUGGCCCUUCAAGCACUGCAGCUCUUGCAGGCAGAUCAGCCGAGGAGCACAUUAUGGCCAUGUCGUUCAGAUAUAAGGUCAAAGUGCUCAGCCAAGUCGCGCCGCCAGCUCCGCACCGCUCGACACCUCGCGGACCUUUGAUCGUCAUCGAAGGCGAUAGUGUUGACGCCGUUGAGGAGCUCGGUCAAUGGCUGUACAAUGAACUGAAGAAAGGCGAUGACCUCGGCGUGACUCUGAUCGAUGGUCCAGACAUGGCCGCCAACGACAGCAAGAAGCCAAUGGUUCAAUAUCAUCUUCUCGCGACAGAGUGGCUAGCAAAGAGCGAUGAGAUCAUCCACUCGCUGUUCUACGACCCGUCAUCUGUAGCCUUGGACCACGCUAUGGAUGACGCUACGCCCAUCAGCGAACGUCCAAUGUCCGAUCGUGAUCUUGACGAGAACUACGACGACAACCAGACGCCGCCUCGAACGGCCGUUCCGGCUAUCACUACCUCCAAGCCGGGCCCAGAAGAGUCGAUGGACGUUGACAAGACGCCUACAAAUGCCAGACAUCCUACUUCCACCAACACCACAACCGUCGUACUACCCAAGAAAAAACCAAUAGUCCUCAUACCAAACUACAGCCUAGCAACAAGCAACACCUUCGCCCUCCGCAUCCCGAUUGGCCCUCACGACCCGUACUCGCCUAGUGAUCACUGGCAGUGGACAGCGACGCAAUGGCGUGGUAUCGUGGGCCCAGAUCUCACGAUCUUCGUCCGUGAUGCCGUGGUAGGCGAGCAAGGCAAAGCGACGGUGGAGAUUGUGGAGGAGAGUGGGUUGAUGAGUGUGAGGCGCACGGUCGUGGGUGGGGAAGAAGACGGGAAGCAGGAAUUAGAGGCUAGUGUGCUCAGGAGGUUGGGAUUUGAGGUCGGGGAGUGGGUGAGGACGUUCGGCGCCGACAAGGGGCGGAAUGCUUGA